GAGCUUUGUUUAGUUGUGUGCGAACGAAAGCGAGAGAGUGCAAGUGUUGAUAAAAUGAAUGUCCGUACAGUGCUACCUAAUCGAAGAUAAAAAUGCAGUAUAUCAUCAUAGGUGGAUUAUUCGUACUGGCAAAUCUGCAUUUUAACCAUCACAACGCAAUGGGUGUAGCUAAUCAUCUGCCGGCACCGCAGGAAAACAGAAUCAUCAAAAAAUUUUCACCCCAUCCCUAUUUCGACUUCGAUGUGCCUCGGAACAUAACGACCCGCGUCGGUCAGACCGCUUUCAUCAACUGUCGGGUCGAGCAGAUGGGUGACAAAUCGGUCUCCUGGAUCCGGAAACGAGAUCUACACAUCCUGUCAGCGGGAACCGCGGUCUACACGUCCGACGAACGAUUUCAGGUGAUACGUUCCGAUAAGGCAGAAAAUUGGACACUACAGAUAAAGUUCGCCCAGCAGCGAGACUCGGGCAUCUACGAGUGUCAGGUAAACACGGAACCAAAGAUGUCAAUGGCAUUUCGACUGAACGUUGUAGAGGCUAAAGCGAUUAUCCUCGGACCAACGGACCUAUACGUAAAAAUGGGCAGCAUUGUGACGCUCACGUGCAUCAUUAGCCAGGGACCACAUGAUCUAGGGACAAUAUACUGGUACAGAGGGUCAAAUCUCGUGCAGCCAAUCGAGUUGCAUCCCAACGAUCCUUCAUUAGCAUAUCCACAUCGAAUAUCGGUUGAGCUGAAGUGGACCGAGGCACUCACGUCACGGUUGAAAAUUCUCGACGCCAAACUGUCCGACUCGGGGAACUACACGUGUCUGCCGACGUCAGCGGAGGGAACCAGCGUGAUGGUGCAUGUGAUAAACGGAGAGCAUCCUGCGGCGAUGCAACGCGGUUGUGCGACGACCGCUAACAAAGAUCAACACCGGAGUGUGCAGCUGCUCACGAUGACAAUGCUGCUGCUGGUGAUGCUAACGCUCGUCUGGCAUCGGACCGAUCUCAACAGCGCAUCGUUUUCUGUCCCCGCAGCAAGACCUCGGCCGAUAGAUUUCCUACGUCCACGGUCCACCUGCUCCAUCCCCUGCGGCAUCAGUGACAGGUCCUGGCAGGCAUCGUCGAAGCAGGUGCUAACGGAUCAGCCCGCCAUCGGCAUAUUAUCAUCUUCGCCUUGCAGCGCGUAA